GUAAUGUGUACUAACACAUUACAACCUGAAUAUACCUUUGUUUUUGCUAUACAUAUCAAUAGUUACGUUGAUUAGCAUAUGUACACUACUAGUAGCGGAUUAUUUGAUAGAACAGAAUGAAGAUAAUUUUUGCCUUAUUAAUUCUGGUCUUUACCGAUACAACAAAGUCUUUGGUGAAAAGAUCUGAGCCUGAGAAAUGUGGUCCCAACGAAACAUUUACAAUAUGCGGAUCUGCUUGUUCAGAAAAAAAUUGCGAGGACGUUCACAGCACUUCAUUUGAACGAAUUUGUUUGCAAGCAUGUAGUGUUGGUUGCUUUUGUAAUCAGGGAUACUUUAGAAAUACAUCAAGUGGGAAAUGUGUAGAAAGGUGUUAAGCAUAUAUAUAUAUAUAUAUAUAUAUAUAUAUAUAUAUAUAUAUAUAUAUAUAUAUAAUUUAUUGCUAUAUGUAUCUAACAAAGGUUGCAAAAUAAAUGUUGUGAAGUU